GUAAAUAAACAGGAGAGAAAUACGGAUAGAGGCAGAGAAAGAAACAAGAAGCAGCAAAAUGAUCACUAGAUUAGGUUGCAUCAGUGUGUCAUUGCAUCAGAUCUCUGGUUGGAAAGAUACCAAAUAAGUACAGUGUAGAGUUUGCACUUAAUGACGAUGUGCUAUAAAUGAGUAAUGCGAUGUUUUAAGGAACAAGGAACCAUAAAACUGACUCACUCCCAGAGCCAUGAGACCAAACAUCACAAUGGACUCCAACUGUUCUGAUGUCAUCACUCCACUAUUAGAGAGACUUUACCUCUCGCCUAUGUAUGGUCUGGAAUUUACCAUUGGCUUCAUUGGAAACCUAGUGGUGGUCCUAGGCUAUAUAUUUUGCCUCCCUGCUUGGAAGUCAACAAAUGUGUACCUGUUUAACCUGGCUAUUUCUGACCUCAUCUUCCUGUGCACUUUACCCGAGCUGUCCUACAACUACGCUCACAACCUGAAGAAAUUCAGUUUUGCACUAUGUGUGGUUAAUCGCUAUAUCCUCCAUGUGAACAUGUACUCCAGCAUCCUUUUCAUGAUGUGGGUAAGUGUGGACCGGUUCUUGUUGCUGUGUCACCCACAGCGAGAACACAUCCUGUUGACUGUCAAGGCCUCGUUGUGCAUCACCAUACUGAACUGGAUCUGGGUGAAUGCUCAAAUCGCUCCCCUCAUCGUCUUCAUUAUCCAGGACUUGAAGCAAAAUGACUGGACAGCGUGUCAUGAUUUUGGGAGCCUGGGAGAGGCCAGAGUUACUCUGAUCUACACCAUAGUGCUCACCAUAACUGGAUAUGUGCUGCCACUGGUGGGUAUGUUUCUAUCAUCACAAAGGAUGGUUUCUGUACUCGUGAAAAGAGAAGAACUGCUUGGAACAUCCUUCCAAAGGCCAGUAAGAAUAGUGAGGGCUGCAGCAAUCAUGUUUCUUGUGCUCUACACACCCAUCCAUAUAAUGAGGAUUGUGCGUCUUGCAUCUCGACUUCCUGAAUUAAAUUUGUCACACUGUGUCUUGGACUACAUCAAUGCAGUUUACAUAGUGACACGGCCAAUCGGAUUUGCUCACAGUGUCAUCAACCCUGUGUUUUACUUUCUCAUGACAGACAGCUUUAAAGAAGCACUGCAGGACAAGUGGAGGCAGAUUAAAAGGAUGCUAUUGACCUCACCAUAAGCAAGUCUGACCUAUCAAACAAAGACAGCACUGAUAAAAAGUACCUUGCUUUCCAGUUUUACUGUUUUGUACAUUUCUAUACAGAUAGAUGAUAAAUUAAAAUGAAAACCAACAUAAAGUGUCUAAAACAUCAAACUUAUUUACCAUGAGACAGAAAAAAAUAAACCCAUGUCAAAUUGUUGCCUAUUAUUAACUGGAAAAUUAAAUAAAGCCAUAGUUGUAAAGAGUGGUUAUUUGAGUUACCACAGCCGUCAGCUCAAACCAUUCUGAUCAUUCUUCGUUGAGCACGUUCAUCAACAAGGCGUUUUGACCCACAGAACUGCUGCUCACUAGAUGUUUUUCACACCAUUCUGUGUAAACUUUAGAGACUGUUGUGAGUGAAAAUUUUCUCAUUAUACUCAAAUCAGCCCACCUGGCACCAAGAACCAUGCCAUAGUCAAAGUCACUGAGAUCACAUUUUCCCUCUGUAUAAUAUGAACAUUAAAUGAAGCUCUUCACCUGUAUCUGCAUGAUUGUUCCUAUUAAAGUGGCCACUGAGUGUAUAUAAACAUUGCUCCUUGUACCCCAGAUGCAUUUGAUCAAUCUUAACACAUAUGUUGUGUGAUGGUUCGUUCUUGACUUUAGUUCCUGAGCUGUGUGCCCAAAACUGGGUACAUUUCAUUUUUGGCCAAACUAUUCCUUUAAUAUAAUUAAAUGGCAUUCAUUAUUAUUCAUUAUUAUAGUUUACAAU